GACAGGGCUGAUUGGGAGAAAGGGAGAAGAGGGGAGACUGAAGAAAAGAAAGCUGUGAAGCAAAAUAUACGACAGAGUUCUUUGUUUUGCCUAAUCAAUUGAAACGACCGACGAGAGGAUUAAAGUAAAAAAGGGGGGGCUCCAGGUCGAACACUACGACAGCUAUGCUUACGAGGCAAAUGUCUCGUUUAUAGGCUAAUCAGUAGGAUUAGGAGGACAUGUUUUAGGGAAUAGCCCUUCCGUUAAGGUAGGAUAUGGUCCUUCUUUUUAAAAUAUAGCAUAUCCUCUGCGCGCAAAUGCAGGACCGUUGCGCAGAGAUAUCGUGACUGAAUAUUCCAGUAUUUACCGAGAUCGCAGCAACUUCAUGUAGCGCUUUGCCGUUUCAUUGUUUGAUUGCUUUAGUUUCACCGACCUGGAAAUAAGAUAUUUCAUUUUUAUUUCGCACAUCAUCUGUGUAAGAUUCAUAUUCGCUUUGAGGCCUGUGGUGAACUUGUGCGGAGCCUAAAGUAACGUUCUUCAGCGAUACAUUUCACCUACAUUGGGCCUAAUAAGCGUGUUAAUUUUUUGCUGAAAUAUUUCCAAACCUAUCGUCUUUGAGAGGUUCAUUAUUUCGUAUCACUCUCGGGCAUGGUUUACAGUAGCCUGCUACGUCCCACGAAAUAACAGUAGUAUGACCUUUACAGUUAUUAUCAUUUAUGUUGACAAAGAUCUUUCUAGGAAGAAAAGCGAGUGAUAAUCUGAAUCUUAAACCUAAGUGGGGUGUCUUGGGGGGAAAGGCAAUUGUUAUCUAACACAAUUUUUAGACCGCAGACAUAGUAAACUGCAGCUUUAUCAAUGUUAAUGUCGACCGACGUUGCAUCAAUCAUGUUACCGAUGUCCCGGCCACUGCUGGACCGGGAUAGAGACUUGGACGCAAUGGCAGGAGUGCACGCCAACUCGACCGGUGGUUCAUCGACCGUCAGGGGAAUGAAACGGGGAGAUCCUGAGCCAGAUGCCCAAACGGCUGCUGCUCUGACCGAGUCGCCGGGGGCAGAGUGCAAGCGUCCACGAAUCGACGGGUCCGGCGGAGUCGGAGAGCUUGGGCAGAACAACGACCCCCUGACGAUGAGUUACCAUGGAUACCCACCUCCUAGUCAGGGCUCUCAGGACUCCAUGGCCACUCAGGAGGGGCUGGUGCCGCCCCCCUUCUCCACCUUCCCUCCUCCCCCGCCUCCUCCGCCCCAGAACGGCCUGCCGCUGGACUUCACGGGCGGACUCUACCAGACGGCCGCGGGCCAGGGCCCCGUGGACGCCACGCCGGGCAUCAGCAACCCGGCCGCCUCCUCCAACAGCCUCAGCACCCAGCAGUCGGACGGCUCCUCUCAGGUGGACGGCCACUGUGGCUCAGUGUCGGGGUCGGGGGUCGUCGCGGUCAUCGAGGACCACUCCGAUUCCAAGGUGACCCCAAAGCGGCUCCACGUCUCCAACAUCCCCUUCCGCUUCCGGGAUCCGGACCUGAGGCAGAUGUUUGGGCAAUUUGGGAAAAUCCUCGACGUAGAGAUCAUAUUCAACGAGAGAGGCUCAAAGGGCUUCGGGUUCGUGACGUUCGAGACGAGUGUUGAUGCAGAGAGAGCGCGGGAGAAGUUACACGGGACCAUCGUGGAGGGCCGCAAGAUUGAGGUCAACAACGCCACGGCCAGAGUGAUGACCAAUAAGAAGAUGGUUAGUCCCUACACUAAUGGAGACGCGCUGACGACGCUACCCUACGCGGGCUGGAAGUUGAGCCCUGUGGUGGGAGGCAUGUACGCACCCGAGCUCUACGCUGGGGAGACGCUGGUUCCAGGGUUCCCCUAUCCCACUGCGGCCGCCGCCGCUGCAGCCGCCACCACCGCCGCCUCGUUCCGCGGAGCCCACCUGCGAGGGCGGGGUAGACCGGUCUACGGGGCCGUGCGAGCAGCCGUACCCCAGCCGGCCAUCCCAGCAUACCCAGGCGUGGUGUAUCAAGACGGCUUUUACGGCGCUGCUGACCUCUAUGGAGGUUACGCCGCGUAUCGCUACGCUCAACCGACGGCCGCCGUAGCCGCCGCUCCUACGGCUGCCGCCGCCGCAGCUGCUGCCGCGUACAGUGACGGCUAUGGCCGGGUGUACACAGCCGAUCCCUACCACGCUGCCCUGGCCCCGGCUGCAGCUGCUGCCUAUGGAGUAGGAGCAAUGGCCACGUUGUACAGAGGUGGAUACAGUCGAUUUUCACCAUACUGAUGAGUCUUUCACAGAACAUCUCCCCCUCCCGCUCUUCCUCUUUGGAUACUCUUUUAUGGAUUCAAAAGAGUUCCCCCUACAACUUUGGAGUACAAUUGCCCCCAACCCCUCUCUCUCUCUCUCUCUCUCUCUCUCUCUCUCUCUCUCUCUCUCUCUCUCUCUCUCUCUCUCUCUCUCUCUCUCUCUCUCUCUCUAUCUGUGGUCUUUGUAGGAUUCAUAUUAUAUCAGAUGCACAUGCUCGUGGUACAGCAAGUAUACUGUAUAUUAGUAAGGAAAACAGUUGUAUGGUAUGGACACAAUGCAAGUUUAUUUCCAUAUUGAAAACAGUUACCCACCGAUUGAAUUCGAACAAAGAAAAAAGAAAGAAGAACAAAAAAGAAGAAGAAAAAACAUGGCUGGUUUUGAAAAAAAAAAAUAUUGCACGGCUCCAAGCUCUUUGAACAGUUAAUCCUUUCUAUGACUCAUAUCUCUGCACAAACGCAUGAAGUUGAAAGUUAUGGCCUCAAAAAAUCUUCCAGUUUUCCAGUGAACUUUUUUGCACACACAAAAAAAAAUCAUGAACUUCGCCAUUUGCAAACGGUCUUUGGGGAAAGGACUUGAGACAACGUUUUGGCUGGCUGCACUGCGUCGCCUGAAAUCAUUACACCACAUAAAAUAUACACACACACACAAACUCUCUCUCACACACACACACACACACACACACACACACACACACACACACACACACGCGCGCGCACGGGCCACUCGGGCUUCCAUGGACACCAAGGAGGGGGGGGGGGGGUGAGGAGGGUUUGGUGAGCGAGCGGAGGAAGACGGACAAGGUGUUGGCUGAUGAGCUCGAAGGGACGGGACGAGCGAAAGCACAAAUGAUGACGAUGCAAAGAUGACACCUCAGCACCCUUUGAGGACUCAAAAAAAUCCUGGGUACACUUUGAGUGCAUUCCAAUAUGCGACCUUGCCUCCUCCACUUGUGCUUGUUUCCUCGUACCAGGAAGUAAUAUGUCAUGAUGACAUCACUGACAACAGCAUUAUAAUUCAAUAUCUUGCAAAAGCUCAAUUGUAGAGUCUUUUUCUCAUUUGCAAUUGGGAUGGUGAGUGAAAAACAGUCCCUCAAAAGUUGUUGUGGCUAGGCUGACAGCUGGGAAACUUUAUCGUUUUCCCCAUAGAGGAGGGGCCAGGAGGCGGGACGAGGAGACAAGUACAAGUGGAGGAGGCAAGGUCGCAUAUUGUAACGCACUCUUAACUUGACGUGCCGCUGCAUAACACAUUCAUAGCAGCUGUUAUACACUUUGCAUGAAGGAUUCAUGACUGUUUCGUAAGACAUUCAUUACCAAACCUUUCAUAAACAUGGAGGACUAAAGGACAGCACCUUGUCAGAAAUAAAAGUUUUGCAGCAUCGCUUUUUUUGUGCUGCUUUGUUUAACUUUUAUUUUGACAUUAGCUGUCCUUCCGUACCCUAGGACUAGGUUCAUGAAAGGUUUGGUAUGAAUGGGUCAUGAAACAAUUAUGAAUGCUUCGUACAGACUUUAUAGCUGCUGUUACGAGUCUGUUAUGCAGGAACACGUCAAGUGAAGUGUUACCGAAAUCCCUUUCUUUAGUUUUGACAUUAGAGGGUUAGAGACGCAUUCUCAUAGUCUGUUACAGGCCACGGUAAUAUCUCAUGCAGAGUGGUUGUUCUAGAGGUUUUCACACGUGACAUUUGUUGACAUUUACUUUGGAUGACCUUAAAAGACAAUUAUGUUGUACAUUUACCUCACAAAUUGUCGAUUGAAAUGCAACCUUUAAAUUUGAUAGAUACCAUAUGCAAAGACACUAGUUAGGCGAAUAAAUAUUGUUAUUAUUAUUAUUAUUAUUAUUAUUAUUGUUAUUACUAUUAUUAGUGACAUAGACAUGCAAUCUUAUUGCGGUGAGGUGAUUGUGACCCCCCCUGCUUUAUGAGAGAAAGAGUCCUCCAAAGCCAUAACUGUAUUUCUCCACGCAUACAGUACAUGUGUACAGUUAUAAUUAGUUGAUAUUGAUCAGGUUACCUUACCGCUCUACAGAAAUAUUGGCCUGUUUUGUUUUUUUGAGAAUGCACAGUGGAUGACUUAUGCAGUUUUACAUUAAAUGAGAACUAUUUUUACUUAGUCAGAAUGCAAUCCCCUGCGCAUUCUCCCUCCCUGGUUUUGACUGUAGUUUAGCUGAUAAUGUAUGCAAGUAGCUGCCAACCUUGAGAAUAAAAAGUAACUAUAAUAUCCUAUUUAAAGUAUGAAAAAGUAAAAGAUUAAUUGUUUUUAUAUCUAUAUUCUGAAUGUUGAAUGCUUUUUUUGUUUGUUUGGUUUUGGUCUUGUUUUCUUUUUGUUUGUGUGUUUUUUUUUUCUUUUUUUCUUUUGUUCCAAAGAUUUGUCAAAAGCACAUUUACAGUUGACUUCAGUAUAAGAUCAGCCUUAGUAUUGUCGGUGUUAUCACUCUUACUUUCCCCAAAGCUGGGUUUCUUCUUUCUACCAUACGUCACUUGAAAGGAUAUACUGCCCAAAAGCAUGCUCAAUCUUUCUUUCUUUCUUUCUUUCUUUCUUUCUUUCUUUCUUUCUUUCUUUCUUUCUUUCUGCAGAUGUGGGUUUUAUGUUUAAAGACCAUCUUUCUUUAGACCUCGGCUUUAGACGCUGGGUCCUGUUAGGAUGGUACAGUAAAGCUGACGUGAUGAAAGUUGUUCUAAUGGGAACUCCAGUCUGCGCCUCAGUGGAUUGACAUGACGACAUAUCUGGUGAUUGUUUUGGGGGCGUGAUGAUCGUAUAGGAUCUUUAGUGGUUAUUGGAUCGAGCCAUAUUUCAACACCUCUCCGAGAGCGGGGAGUGGUUUUGGUAGUAAUAUAGUGAAUAAUGAACAAUACUUUUUUAUAUAUAAUAAUCAAGGUUUACAAUAGUCAAUAAGCCUCUGAUGGGAGAUAUUUACCAGAGGGAUUGAUUUAAGUCCAUUUUUCCCGCUUACUUUGAAAAAAAAAAGGACUAAAUGCAUUUCAUGAUAGGAGAGAUAGUUGAAGAUGAAAAAUGUGAAAAAUCAAUUUGUAACUUCGGGUUAGAUAUAGUUUAUUCCUCUGGCAGCGCAGUCCAGCAGAGUAUUUUAUAGAGGUCAAUUUAAAUACUAUAGGAAACAAUAAUUUGACUGCUACAUGUCAUGUAAAUUAUGUCAUGUUAUUAUUUUUUUCCUUUUUUAAGUUUAGGCACUUGGCCUGCAAGCUGUCCCUUUUCUCCUUUCAGUGUUACAAAGAAGGCAAACUGGUCCUUUUCCUUUUAAGAUUACACCACCCCAUUACCCCACACAUACUGGUAUUUUAAGAGGAACAUUUGCCAUUUUGUGAUGGAAUUCAAACACUGACCCACUCUUUCAAGCCAAUGUGUUAACAUGUUAUCAGCGAUGGUACUAUGGCUAUUUCUUUCCAACGUGAUUCAGUUCUAAACUGGCUGCCGGCUGCAGUUGGUCGGCCUUGGAAAGGAGGCGUGGAAGAGACUGUUGUGUCCAGUGAUCCCCCAUUCUGCACCUUACCAUAAUGUUUAGCCUUUGGUUUGAAAUGCACGUGGCUGUUUUUUUAUUAUUAUAUUAUUAUUAUUAUUAUUAUUAUUUUAAUUCCUCUGUCAACUGAUGCCAUUUGUGUUGGUCUUUGUAACUGAAUGUCCAU